UCUGUCGUCAGUUCCGGAUUAAGAUGGCGACAGUGACUGUACUGAGGUGUUCAAUCAGGUUUAUGGGACGCUUGAUCUGUGCACCCCAAUAUAAAUCCUGCAGUAGAGGACGGUUCAUUAGAUCUGAAUAUAUCCUAAAUAAACCCUCUCUAAAGAUUGGCCAGCAGAGAAGGUUUUUCAGAAACACCCCUGUUGCUGCUGGACAGGUUCUGCAGUUUAAGCUGUCAGAUAUUGGAGAAGGGAUUACAGAGGUAACUGUAAAGGAAUGGUAUGUGAAGGAAGGAGACACGGUCUCUCAGUUCGACAGCAUUUGUGAAGUUCAGAGUGACAAAGCAUCUGUUACCAUCACCAGCCGCUACGACGGUGUCAUCAGCAAACUGUAUUACAAUGUAGACGAUACGGCCAUUGUGGGCAAGCCUCUCGUGGAUAUAGAAACAGAGGCUGUGAAAGUGGGUGCUCUGGAGGAGGAUGUGCUGGAGGCCCCAGCAGUGUCCCAUGAUGAACACACACACCAGGAGAUCAAGGGACAGAAAACGAUGGCCACCCCUGCUGUGCGCAAACUCGCCAUGGAGAAUAAUAUCAAGCUGAGUGAGGUUGUGGGGACCGGGAGAGAUGGUCGGAUUCUUAAAGAAGACAUUCUCAACUACCUGUCCAAGCAGACCGGGGCUAUUCUACCUCUCUCUCCAACCCCAGAGAUCGUGCCACCGCCACCACAGGCUGGCACUGCUCCCCCGAAACCGAAAGACAAGACGCUGCCCGUGCCUAAACCUGCUGUCGCCAAACCCGUGUUUACCGGCAAAGACAGGACAGAGCCACUGAAAGGCUUCCACAAGGCAAUGGUAAAAACCAUGUCUGCUGCCUUAAAAAUCCCUCACUUUGGCUACUGCGAUGAGAUCGAGCUGACACAGCUGGUUAAACUGCGAGAAGAGCUAAAGCCCAUGGCUGAAUCGAGGGGUGUGCGACUCAGUUACAUGCCCUUCUUUAUUAAGGCUGCUUCCCUGGGACUGCUGCACUACCCGAUCCUCAAUGCUUCCCUGGAUGACAGCUGUCAAAACAUCACCUAUAAGGCUUCUCACAACAUCGGCCUUGCUAUGGACACACAACAGGGUCUGAUCGUCCCCAAUGUGAAGAACGUUCAGAUGCUGAGUAUUUUUGACAUCGCUGCCGAGCUGAAUCGCCUGCAGACUUUGGGAGCAACAAGACAGCUUGGAACCAGUGAGCUGACUGGGGGAACAUUCACCAUUUCCAAUAUUGGAUCAAUUGGUGGAACGUACGCUAAACCUGUCAUUCUGCCUCCUGAGGUGGCUAUCGGAGCUCUGGGAAAGAUACAGGCCCUGCCCAGAUUCAAUGCUAAAGGUGAAGUUGUAAAAGCUCACGUCAUGAAUGUCAGCUGGUCAGCUGAUCACAGGAUUAUUGACGGAGCCACAAUGUCCCGUUUCUCUAAUUUAUGGAAGUCCUACUUGGAGAAUCCAGCCUCUAUGCUCAUGGAUCUGAAAUGAAAGGCACCAGAACUCUUGCCUCUUUGUAACAAUGGAUAAACUGUUACCAGAUUAUAAUGUAUACUAUGUUUCUGCCCUCUGCUAUCCACUUGUAUUAAUACAGUCUGUAGUAUACAAACAUACGGUUCUGCUAAAAAAUAUUCCAACUGACUCUGAACUAACAUGUAGUGACAGUCUUCUUUGAGUGUUACUGAUGGUACUUGUCAUGGUUACUGUACAGUUAUGAGUUGUUGCUGUGUCUUUUCUAUAUGUUUUCGAUGGGAUCAUGUGUGUGUGUGUGUGUGUGUAUAUAUAUAUAUAUAUAUAUAUAUAUAUAUAUAUAUAUAUAUAUAUAUACACACACAUACAUAUAUAUGCUUUUACGGGACAAUGGGUAUAUAGUACAGUUAAAAGGCACAAGUCUGAAUUUCAAAGACCACAAAACAUAAAUGGGAAGAUCAUGUUAAGUACCUAGAUGGUAAUUCAACAUUUUAACAGAUUGUUGUUGUAAUCUUAAUGGAAAGGUUUCAAUAAAGUUUUAGUGUGUGAA